CUGCAGGGAAGUGAGUAGACACCAUCCUCCCACUCUCGGACUCUCCACUACUCUUCGCCGCUCGCCGCCUCCUUGCUCUCACCGCCGGUCACGACGGCGCCGCCACCCACCCGGUCCAUCACCUCCUCUCCCGCCGAGCAACGCUGGAAUGGCCGGCCGCGGAAACGCCACCGGCUCCACCCGCACCCGCGCCUCCGUCAACGUCGUCGCGGUCCACGGUGGUAAAGAUUUGUACAAAUCCUGCUCGUUGUUCCAAGAUUCCGUCGAUUGGUUUUCGCCGAAAGAAAAGCAAAAUUAUUCGCAAAGUGCGGCGGCGAUGGAGCUAUUCCCCGUCGAUUUCCCCUUUCCACGCCCUCCAUUGGCGUUUGGCGCGACGGAUCGGCAUCAAUCCCCCCUCCCCCACGAAGCUUCCAUUGGUUCCCCCGCGUGUUCUUGACCCCUUCAUCUUCCAUGGAUCCGGGCAUCUCACUCUCGCUGCAGCCAUAGCUCGUCUGGGUGUUCUUGGUCUCCCAAAACCACCAAAGAUCAAGCGUUGCACGGUUGCACCUGAGAUUCAGAGAGAGGAGGAUUGGGAAAGAUGGUCGGAGCCACGGCGAGUGCUUUGAUCGGGGUGAUGAAUCCCCUCCUCACGAAGCUCUCCGGCCUGCUCGAGAGGGAGUACGGCAAGCUCAAGGGGGUGGGCCGCGAGGUCGCGCUCCUGCGAGACGAGCUGAGCAGCAUGAACACCGCGCUGGAGGCGGUCUCCGAUUCGGAGGAGGAGCCCAGCUCGCAGGUCAAGGAGUGGAUGCGCCAGCUGCGGGAGCUGUCCUAUGAUGUAGAGGAUUGCAUCGACGUCUUCGUGCACCGCCUUGGCCACCAUGACCCCGGCGACGGGCUCUUCCGCAGGACCAAACGCCGGCUCAAGGCUCUCCGGAGCCGCCACUGCAUCGCAGGCCAGAUCGCCGAGCUGAAGGAUCGUGCCGUGCUGGUCAAUGACCGGCGCAAGAGGUAUGAGUUGGAUGCAGCUGCAUCUAGCUCUGCUGCGAUCGCCAUCGAUUCCAGGCUGCCUGCGCUGUUCGAGGAGAUGGACAGGCUUGUGGGCAUCGAAGGUCCAAGGGAUGAACUUGUUGAAUUUCUUACGGGAGGAAUCAAUUUGGCUCCACAACGCAGAGUUGUCUCUAUUGUCGGAUUUGGGGGAUUAGGCAAGACAACUCUUGCCAAUCAGGUCUAUCAACAUAUCAAAAGCCAAUUUGAUCGCACAGCUUUUGUGUCUGUGUCACGGAAUCCCAACGUCAAUAAGAUCCUAGCCAACAUACUUAUUGGAAUUCUCGAGACAAGAAAGCUAUCAUCAGUUCAUCAGAAGCAGCAUAGUGACACAAUAGAAGAUCUAAAGCACAAAACUUUUGAAGAUUGUAAGCUUAUCAGCCUGAUAAGAGAAAACCUACAGAAUAGCAGGUACUUCAUUGUAAUUGAUGAUAUAUGGGAUAAAGCUGCAUGGCGAGACCACCUCCGAUUUGCUUUUCCUGAGAAUAACUCUGCAAGCAGAAUAAUUACAACUACACGCAUCAAUGAUGUAGCUAUAGCUUGUCACUUCUCACAUGAAGAUUUUGUUUAUGCCAUGAAGCCCCUUAGCAGUGAGAACUCUGAGGCAUUAUUUUUUAGAAGAAUCUUUAGCUCCAAGGAGAAAUGCCCCCCUGAAUUGGAAGAAGUUGCUGAUGAUAUACUUAAAAAGUGUGAUGGUUUGCCAUUGGCCAUAGUUAGUAUAGCUAGCCUUUUAUCAUGUAAACCAGUUACGAAGCAGGAGUGGGUAUGGGUGCUGAACUCCUUUGGUUCUACAGUUAUGAAAGAUCAGGGGUCACACGAGUUGGCAGUAGUGAAGAGGAUACUAUUUCUUAGUUACAGUGAUCUACCUCACCACUUAAAGUCUUGUCUUUUGUAUUUAAGCAUUUUCCCUGAGGAUCAUACAAUUACUAGAGAUUUUUUGAUAUCGAGAUGGAUCGCUGAAGGAUUCAUUACUGAACAACGAGGAGAGAGUUUAGAGGAAGUGGGAGAAAAAUAUUUUAAUGAGCUCAUAAAUAGGAAUAUGGUUCAAUCAUUUGAGAUUGACCCUUUUAGUAGAAGAGAGGCCUAUCGGAUGCAUGAUAUCAUGCUUGAUCUUAUGAUAUCUCUGUCUACUGAAGAAAAUUUUGCAACUAUACUGGAUGGUCAGCACUGUGCACCAUCAUCCAACAAGAUUCACCGUUUCUCCCUCCAAUGUAAAAGUGUGGAAAGGAUCACGUGGCUGAGAACCACUAGUUUUUCUCAUGCUCGGUCGCUCUCUGUCUUUGGUGAUUUUAACAAGAUACCCCCUCUUGUGGACCUUGAAGUUUUACGAGUACUAGACCUCUUGAAUUGCUCUAGUUUGAAGGAUGAUCAUAUCGAGAAUAUUGGAAGUUUAUUUCAACUGAGGUAUGUCAGACUUGGAAAUAUUAGCAGGAUACCAAGGCAAAUUGGGAAGCUAAAGCUCUUGCAAACACUGGACCUAAGUGGAACAGCGGUAAAGAAGUUACCUCAAUCUAUUGUUCAACUGCUCCAAUUGGUCCGCCUUUUUCUGCCUUGGCGUGUAGAAUUGCCAAAUGGAAUUGGUAACAUGGAAGCUCUUCAGGUGCUAUCAGUGUUCGAUGGCACUGAAAACACAUCAGCUAUCAUUCAAGAGCUCGGUAACCUAACCAAACUGAAGGAUCUUGAUGUGUACUGGAAUUGCAACGACACAGAAAGUGGUCAUGAAGUGUACAUCAACCAUUUAGUCAGAUCUCUCUGCAAGCUAGGUGGAUUUAACCUUCAGUCUCUUUGUAUUCGGAAUAUAUACCCCUGUUCCUUAGAUAUCUUGGCUGAAUCGUGGUCCCCUCCUCCACGUCAUCUUCAGACAUUUCAGACUGAUAUGGGCUGUUAUUUUUCUAGUCUUCCAACAUGGAUGUCCUCCCUCUCUGAGCUCACCUGCUUAAGAAUACACAUGAAGAAGGUGGGAGAGGAGGAUCUCCAGGUUCUCAAGUGCUUGCCUGCCCUGCUUCGUCUCGAUCUAUACCCAGGGUACCCCAAGCAUACUCUCAAAGUUAGCUGCAGUGGAUUCUCAUGCCUGAAGGAAUUUACUUAUGGUCCAUCCUAUGUUGAUCUGGCUUUGAUCUUGCGUCAUCAGUCAACUAUCAAAAAUGGACUUGGUAUGGGUGUGAUGUUUGAAGCAGGGGCUAUGCCGAAGCUCCAGCAGCUUGAGUUUGGUUUCAACGCACAUGAUAUGGUAUCUGCGUAUGGAGCUGGACUCGAUUUUGGCAUCCAGCACUUUGCCUCCCUCAGGCAUGUUCGUGUCUUCAUCGACUGUAGGGAUGCAAGUGAUUGUGAGAUGGAGGCUGCACUGGCUGCAACCGCUAACUCGGUUUCUCUCCGAGGAAGCUACCACGUUGAAAUUCGUAGAAUUUUAAAGAAUGUGGAAAAUGAUGAGCAGAGCUGACUUGGGACAUCAUACAACAUGGAACUAAACAUAAAGUUUCCAGCCAAAAUCGAGAUGCCAAUAUGGUUUGGUAAUAUAUUAAUCUUCCUCUUAAACCGUCUAUUGUUACAUUGUUCCUUAGCUCUUUCUUUUUCUUGUUUCUGUUUUCAGUUGAAGUAAAAUACUAAAGUGUUUUGGAUACCCAAAUGAUUUCAGGCUGACAAUUUUAGUGGAUGUGCUUGUCAAAAUGGCGGUUUAAUGGCAGUUAGGCAAUACAUGUGGAUGUGCAGACUUUUUUUUUUAAAGAAAAAACUCAUAUUCUUCUAUUAAA